CACCAAGGCGACGCGGCACAACACCUCGCGUCCAACGCACGCACCAUUUGCCUUGCUGCACGGAGCUUCAACUACAGAGCCCAAAACCAAACCCCUCGCCGUCGCAACCAAAACCCACCCCCAGCCCACCGCACCCGCCGACCAGAGCCAUGGAGCUCACGGAGGCCGCCAGGGACGAGGCCGCCUUCGCCAUGCGCGUGCUCCGCCACCUCGCCUGCGGCGGCGGCAAGGCGUCGGCGUCGGGCGCCAACCUCGCCGUCUCCCCUCUCUCCAUCCACGCCGCGCUGGCGCUGCUCGGCGCGGGCGCCCGCGGCGCCACGCUCGACCAGGUCGUCGCCUUCCUCGGCCCCGCCGGCGGCCCCGCGCACGCCGCGCUCGCGUCCCACGUCGCGCUGCGCCUCCUGUCCGACAGCCCCGGCGACGACGGCGGGCCCAGCGUGCGGUUCGCCAACGGCGUGUGGGUCGACGCCGCCAUGCGCCUCAAGGUCGACUACGCUGCCCUCGUCUCCGAGCACUACCGCGCCCAGGCGCUCCCGGCGUCCUUCAAGGACAUGCCAGAGGAGGCGAGAACCCAGAUCAACCGGUGGUUCGAGAGCGCGACGGCGGGCCGGAUCAAGGGCCUCCUGCCCGAGGGCUCCGUCAACGGCGCGACGCUGGCCGUCCUCGGGAACGCGCUCUACUUCAAGGGCGCCUGGUGCCGCAAGUUCGACCCCCGGCUCACCCUCGACGACACCUUCCACCUCCCCGCCGGCGGCAGCGUCCGCGCGCCCUUCAUGUCGAGCAGAGACCGCCAGCAGCACGUCGCCUGCCGCUCCGGCUACAAGGUCCUGCAGCUGCCGUACGCGCGCGGCCGCGAGCGCCGGUACUUUUCCAUGUACAUCUACCUCCCGGACGAGCGCGACGGCCUGCAGAGCCUGCUGCACAGGCUGGGGUCCGACCCGGCGCUGCUGGAGAGCUCCACGACGCUGACGGCCCAGGUCCCCGUGGGCGCCUUCAAGGUGCCCAAGUUCACCAUCUCGUGCAAGACGAACGCGACCGAGCUGCUGCAGGACCUCGGCCUGCGCCUGCCGUUCGCGCCCCUCGCCGCGGACUUCUCGGAGAUGCUGGAUUCGGCGGCGCCGCUCGUCGUGUCGGCCGUCUUCCACCAGUCCUUCGUCGAGGUGAACGAGGAAGGGACGGAGGCGGCCGCGGCGACCGCCGUUGUUGCGUCCUUUGGCGCCGCGGCGGUGAGGACGCCGGUUCAGGUCGUGGACUUCGUGGCCGACCACCCGUUCAUGUUCUUGAUCAAGGAGGAGCUCAGCGGCGUCGUGGUUUUCUCCGGCCAAGUGGUCAAUCCGUUGGUUCCAUGAAUCUGGAUGUGCAGACACAGAACAUCGUAUCUUUUUGUUUUUGAGCUUUCUGGAUGUUAUUUUUGUUAAUGUGCAGUUCUUUUAGUGAACUUUUCUGCCUGUUGAUUGUUUCAGAAAUUCUGAUACAUUACUUGCCUUUUCAAA